CAAACAGGGGAGAAGUCAGAAAAGUAAAAUUUUGUUCAUUUUCAAUAAAGCGCGAGAUUCGUAAACUGAAGAAAAGGGGUUUCCCUGAAUUUAAUUUCAAGGUUUGGUUGAGGUUAUUUAGAAAGUAUCCUCAUCACAAGUACAGACAUCAUGCCUAGGAAGGCUGCUGCCAAGGAAGAACCCAAGAAAGCGGCACCAAAGAAGAGAGGUCCCAGGGCGUACAAGCUGCCGGAGAGUAUUCCAGCUGGAGAGAUUCUGAAAGAUCUUUAUAAGAAAGAAUGGAAGCUUGGACCAACGGUCGGGAAAGGAGGCUUUGGGGAACUUUACCUUGCUGACGAGGCCACGACUGGCUCAGUUGGUUCAGAUGCCAAAUAUGUUGUAAAAAUAGAACCACGCGAUAACGGUCCGUUAUUUGUGGAGCAGGCUUUCUACCAGAGAGGUGCUAAACCAGAUCUAGUUGAGGAGUGGAAACAGAAACACAAAUUAUCCCACCUGGGAGUGCCGAAGUUCAUCGGUUCGGGGAUGCACACAAGAGGCAAGAAAGAUUUCCGCUUCCUGGUCAUGGAACGAUUUGGUGAAGACAUCUGGAAGAAGUACCUUGCAAGUAACAAACAGUUUACUCCAAAGACUGCGUUUACUUUGUCCAUUCAAAUACUGGACAGCCUGGAGUAUUUACACAGUACGGGAUACGCUCAUGCAGACAUCAAGAGUGCUAAUAUCCUACUUGGGUUUGAAGCAAAGGACCAGAACAAGGUAUUUUUAGUUGACUAUGGUCUGGCAUCGAGAUUCAGCAUAAAUGGAGAACAUAGAGAGUACAAGGCUGACCCUAAGAAGGCCCACGAUGGAACGCCAGAAUUCACGAGCAGAGACGCUCAUAACGGAGUCACCCCCUCUAGGCGUGGUGAUAUGGAGAUACUUGGUUACGUCAUCUUACAGUGGCUGACUGGUUGCUUACCAUGGGAACACAAGAUAUCACUAAACAACACAGACUUCACAUACCUCACCAAUGAAAAGACAAAAUUUAUGUCCAAUGUCACCUCUUUGAUGAAAGCUUGUUUCCCAAAAGGAGGCCACCCAGCUGAGCUGCAAAAAUAUAUGGAGUAUGUGAGCAAGCUAGAGUAUGAACAGGUACCCAACUACAAACAGAUGAAAGAGCUCUUCACAAAGGCCAUCACGCGUUCAGGAGGUCGAGCAGAUGGGAAACUAGACUUUGUCUCUCCAGUCGUUGUCAACAAAACCGCUAACAAACGCAAAAAUGACAGUGAUGAGGCAGACUCGCCCCAAAAAGUUGCAAAAAGGGGAAGGGGGAGAAAGGCAGCCCUCUCAAGCAGUUCAUCAAACUCGGACUCCCCAAGAGCCAAGAGCCCCAAAGCAAAACCUGUUGCAGCCAGCAGGAAACCAGUUACUAAGACAACAGGGAGGUCAACUGAGAGGUCUCCGGGGAGGUCAACACCGAGGUCACCAGGGAGGUCACCAUCAGCUAAAACUGCUUCAGGUGCGGCCAAGAAGGGUCCUGCUGCUAAGAGGGGUCCAGCCCCCAAGCCCAAAGUCCAACCUUAUGCAACCAAGAAAUCUCCUGUGAGAUCAAAAGUAGUGAAGAGUAAAGCUGAAACAACCCCCUCACCUGCAACAGGAGAAACCUUCACCAAAAGGAAGCGCAAAUUCCCUGUAUCUGUGGCAACCUCGUCUACACAAACGUCUCCUGGAGUCAAACAGACCCCCAAGAUAAAGAGGAAACGCUGAGCGGAAAUAGACAAUGGGUGACAAAAAGAGUUGAGCAACACAUUGCUUCACAUAAAGCAGUGUAUUUUAUUGUAGCCAUUUGAUACUAGAGACCCCUUCACAGUGGACAUUCAAGCCUCUUAUUUCUUUCUUGGAAGGGGCACAGCAAUUUUCCUCUGGCAAGGGGCACUUCUAUGAGGAAAAUGUAAAUUUGAAUUGAAACCUUGCAAAGGGCACCACAGCAAAAGCACAGGGCACCUAGGCAAUUGCUGUGGGUGCGGUUGGCUAAGACUGUGCCUGGACCUCAAUGCCUACUGAGAUGCACCAUUUGGUGGGAGUUGGACCAUGAUGAGCAACAAGUUUAUGCAACGCUGUCUGGUUGUGUUUUGGACACAAAUUUUUAAGUAAUACAUGUACACAGUCUGCCUGCUUGAGUCUGAUUUCCGUUUUCUUUUUUGCCUUUUGAAAAAUCAGAAAAUGUGAUUGAUUAGCCUGAAAAGUCUCUAACAACCUGCCUCAGGUGGACAUGUAGGUUAUCCCUUGUACUUAUUUAAAGACACUGGACACUAUUGGUCAUUGUCAAAGACCCGUCUUCACACUUGCUGUAUCUCAACAU